GUGAGAAGGAUUACGGCCGCAAAGUGGCUCCGCGCGAAUAGUACUUAUACGUUCUACGUAAAUCUGCAUGCAAGUGGCACUGAAUGUAUCGCUUCAGAGCAGUGCUAUUUUUCAGACCAUUUGUGAUAUAGCUUCUUGGGUCAUCGAAACGCGGCGCGACCGGCCGGCGAGCCAGCGUGCUGGGUGCGCCGCGCUCCCCGCUGAAACCAGCUGGCACGACUAAGCAAGAGGAUGACCAUCGCCAUGCGGGGCGGGCCGGCCGAGCCGCAGGCGUCCGACCCCGCCAACGCCGCCAACAACAACGCGGGCGGCGAUGCCGAGCCGCCGGCGCCGCCGCCACCGCCGGCCGCCGACGGCUCGGAGGGCGCGGCGGCCGCCGAGCCGGAGUUCCCGGUGGCCGAGCUCACCCGCCUGGAGGAGAUGAUCUCGCGGCCGCGCUGGGUCAUCCCUGUGCUGCCCGGCGGCGAGCUGGAGGUGCUGCUCAACGCGGCCAUCGACCUGUGCCAGCGAGGCCUGGACACGCGCAGCGAGCCGUGCCAGCGCUUCUUCAGGGACGGCCUCACCACGUCGUUCACCAAGAUCCUCACGGACGACGCUGUCAGCGGCUGGAAGUUCGAGAUUCACAAAUGCAUCAACAAAAACUGCGAGCGUCUCAUCGAACUUUGCGUGACCAAACUAAACGAUGACUGGUUUUGUCUACUAGAACUACUCGCGAUGGUGUUCAACCCACAAAACAAGUUCCACACGUUCAACAGCUCGCGCGCCUCGGAAACGGUGCCGGCCGGCAGCAGUCUGUCGGAGGAGGCCGUGUUCGCGCGGCCGCCCGACCCGCGCGUGCCACGAGGCUGGCUGGUCGACCUCAUCAACCUGUUCGGCACGCUGGGCGGCUUCCGUCUGCUGCUGGAGCGCUUCCAGAGCGGCAAGGACCUGACGGUGGUCACCAUAUACGCGCUGAUACGGCCCGUUGGCAUGUGUUACGAACUGCUCACCGUGCACACCAUCGAGAAGUACAUCCUGCCGAUCGUGGAAAUCGUGCCCACAUUCCUGGAGAAGCUCUCCGACGACGAGCUCAAGAAGGAGGCCAAGAACGAGUCGAAGAACGACGCGCUCUCCUCGAUUGUGAAGCUGCUGAAGGGCUUGGCCGGCCGGGCGCCGGGCCAGGAGGACACGGUCAAGUCGCUCGAGAUGUUCCGGCUCAAGAUGAUACUCAGGCUGCUGCAGAUCUCGUCGUUCAACGGCAAGAUGAACGCGCUAAACGAGGUUAACAAGGUGAUCGGCAACAUGGCGUACUACUCGCACGGCCGCGGCGUCGGCGACGACGACGAGUGGCUGACGGCCGACAAGAUGGCGGAAUGGAUAAAGGAGAACAAGGUCCUGCAGAUUGUGUUACGGGAUUCGCUGCAUCAGCCACAGUAUGUCGAGAAGCUGGAGAAAAUAAUUAGGUUUAUAAUCAAGGAGAAGGCGCUGACGCUGGAGGACCUGGACUCGCUGUGGGCGGCCCAGUCCGGCAAGCACGAGGCCAUCGUCAAGAAUGUGCAUGACCUGCUGGCCAAGCUGGCCUGGGACUUCUCGCCCGAGCAGCUGGACCACCUGUUCGGCCGGUUUCAGGCGUCCUGGGCCAACGCCACCAAGAAGCAGCGCGAGCGCCUGCUGGAGCUGAUCCGCCGGCUGGCCGAGGACGACAAGGACGGCGUGAUGGCGCACAAGGUGCUGAACCUGCUCUGGAGCCUGGCCCACUCGGACGACGUGCCCACCGAGAUCAUGGACCAGGCGCUCAGCGCGCACAUGAAGAUCCUCGACUACAGCUGCUCCCAGGACCGGGACGCGCAGAAGACCAAGUGGCUGGACCGGUGCGUGGAAGAGCUCAAGUCGGACAAGUGGGUGCUGCCGACGCUGAAGCAGAUCCGCGACAUCUGCUGCCUGUACCAGGAGGCGCCGCCCAGCUACACGCACACGCAGCGCAACUCGCAGCACGGCUCGCACAGACACGAGAUCAUCAACCAGCUGCAGAACCAGCACUCUCUAGUCAUCGUCAUCACCGAGAACUUGACCAGCUACAUCGAGAAGAUCCGCGCGCUCGCCAACAGCACCAACGAUAUCGACGUGCACACGUACUGUCCGGACGGCCGCUACAAUCACGUACAGCAGAUCCAGGAGCGGCUCAACUUCCUCCGGUUCCUGCUCAAGGACGGGCAGCUGUGGCUGUGCGCGCCCCAGGCGCACCAGAUCUGGUCCUGCCUGGCCGAGCGGGCCGUGUUCCCGGCCGACCGCGAGCUCUGCUUCAAGUGGUUCAGCAAGCUGAUGGGCGACGAGCCCGACCUUGACCCCAACAUCAACCAGGAGUUCUUCAAGCAGAACAUCCUGCAGCUGGAUCCGGCGCUGCUCACCGAGAGCGGCAUCAAGUGCUUCGACAAGUUCUUCAAGGCGGUCAACCAGAAGGCGGGCAAGCUGGUGCCGAAGCGGCGCACGUUCUUGAUGGAGGACGAGGAGCUGAUCGGGCUCGACUACAUCUGGCGGGUGGUGAUGAACGGCAGUGACGACAUCGCCAACAAGGCCAUCGAGCUGCUGAGGGAGACAUACACCAACCUGGGGCCGCAGCUGCAGACCCAGCAGAAGAGCAUCCACGCGGACUUCAUCAGCAACUGCAUGGACCGGCUGCGCGCCAGCCACGACACGAUGUCGGUGCUGGAGCGCGACUGCGACUCGCCGGCCCGGCUGCGCGUGGCCACCACCCUCUGCCGCGUGCUCAAGGUGCUGCGCGAGUACAUCGUCGAGUGCGACAAGGAGUACGGCGACGAGCGGGUCUGCCUGCCGCUCUUCAGGGCGUACCGCGGCAAGCACCUGAACCUGGUGAUCCGGCUGCCGACCCAGGGGCGCAACUACGACUUCACGGUGGAGUCGCACACGCAGGAGACGCUGGCCUCGCUGCGCCGCCACGUGCUGCACAAGGUCAAGGCCAGCUCGCAGGCGUUCAAGGUCGAGCUGUACGUCAACGGCGAGGCGCUCGACCACACCGAGGACAAGAAGUGUGUCGGCGAGCUGGCCGUCAUCAGGGAUGAGACGGUGCUGACCGCCAAGCUGUGCUCCACGAGCGGCGCCGGCGCGGUAGCGGGCGGCGGCGCCGGCGGCGCGGGCGCGGCCGGCGCCGGCGGCGGCGGCAACAUGCCCUCCUCGCCGGACAGUAGCUCGGACAGCUCGGCGCCGUCGCCGCAGCAUCCCUGCGACGGGCCCAACGUGGAGGCCGAGAACGCGCUGCCGGGCGUGAUCCUGUCGCAGCAGGAGAAGUACGUGGACUUCCUGCUGCGGCUGGCCGACCUCGGCUGCCGGAUCGGACACGCGCCGCUGCGGGACGCGGCGCGCGGCGUGCUCCAGAUGACACCGGCCGGCCGCAGCACAGUGGAGCAGCUGCACGCGGCCUGUCAGGAGGGCGGCGAGCGUCGUUCGGCCAGCGCCGGCGCGCCCUGCACGCUGGAGGCCAUCUUCUUCUCGCCGUCGCCGUCGCAGGUCCUGUACUCGCUCGAGGUGCUCUACAGUCUGCUGAUGCCGGCCGACGGCCCGCUGUCGGACAAGUGCUGCGAGUUCCACCGGCAGUUCCUCAAGAGCGGCGGCGGCACGGCCGUGCUCGACAUGCUUAACAAGAACAACUUCCUGUCGGGCGCCGACCUGGCCACCAAGAGGCUGGCCUUCCUGACGGUGCUGCGGCUCGCCAAGCUGGUGCUCUCGACGGUCGGCUUCGCGUCGGCCCAGCUGACCGGCGAGACGGGCGACACGGCCCUGCAGCAGGCUGUUAUCCUCCCUAGCUCUGAGUGUAUUUUGCGGAAUGUAGCCAUCAUAGUGGCGCAGAAGAUGGGCGACACGAUCACGGCGGUGAUUCCGGAGCUGGACCACAUCCAGUUCGUGAUGAAGCUGGUGUGGGCGUCGUGCUGCGGCCAGCUGCAGGCGGCCGACCACCAGCCGGCCGAGCUGCGCCGCCUGCUCGAGGCCGACUCGGAGACGGGCGGCGCCUGCGACCUGCACGACCUCGACGUGUGCCGGGAGGGUCUGGAGACGCUGUCUGUGGCGCUCUGCCUGCGGCCCGACAUCCUGGAGGCGCUCACCAAACAGGAGUACUUCCAGAGCUUCAUCAUCGACCUGGUGCUCAUCUGCAAGAACCGCGUGGUACGGAUGUGCGCGGCAGAGCAGUUCUCCCUGAUCGCCAUGCGCUGCAGCAGCAACAGCAGCGGGCUGAUCUUCUUCAUCAACCUCCUCUUCUCCAUGCUGAACGGCAAAGCCAAAGACAACGCGUCCAACUCGCAAGAGUACUUUCAGCUGCUGUGUCGCCUGCUGGACUGCGCCUGCCACCACAGCCUGACCGUGCCCGGUGUGGAGAAGCUGCUGCACUCGGAGAUCGUCUGGCUGCACCAGGUCAAGGAGCGGCACCGUGACCCGACCGUCACCGAGCCGGUGGACGAGCUGCUGAUGGAGGGCCACCUGCGCGUCACCAGAGAGCUCAUGGCGUUCCUCUCGCCGGACCAGAAGUACGCCGUCGGCUGUGACCCGGAGCGGAACGGCACGCUCGUCACCGAGCUGCUGGAGAACUUCCUGCUGACCAACUCUGUGAUGCUGCUGCGGCUGGAGAAGACCGGCGAGCUGCCCGAGCAGCUGCCGACGCCCAUCUGCUACUCGGCCGGCACGGGCGUGGCGGCGUUCGACGUACUGGUGGCGCUUUGCACCGGCUGCGUGCAGAACCUGCGGCUGGUGGUGGAUACGCUCAUCGAGAUGUACUACAGCGAUAACGAGGAGCCGAUCACGGAGUGGGAGUACACGCCACCGGUGGGCAAGCGGCCGGUGGGCGGCUUCGUCGGCCUGAAGAACGCCGGCGCCACCUGCUACAUGAACUCGGUGCUGCAGCAACUGUACAUCAUCGACCGCGUGCGCAACGGCGUGCUGGCGGCCGAGGGCGCGUGCGUCGACCCCGACGAGGACUUCAGCGGCGAGGAGCGCGCCGAUAACGAGAUCCAGCUGAGCGACACGGAGAGCGACGAGCGCCGCUCGGAGACGCAGCGCGAGUACAACAUCGGCAUCCUCAAGUGGCUCCAGGCCAUCUUCGGCCACCUGGCCGGCAGCAAGCUGCAGUACUACAUCCCGCGUGGGCUGUGGAAACACUUCAAGCUGCAGGGCGAGCCGGUCAACCUGCGGGAGCAGCACGACGCCAUCGAGUUCUUCAUCUCGCUGGUGGACUCCGUGGACGAGGCGCUGAAGGCGCUCGGCCAGUCGCUGGUCAUGUCGCGCGUGCUCGGCGGCGUCUUCUCCGACCAGAAGAUCUGCAAACAGUGUCCGCACCGGUACUCGAAGGAGGACCCGUUCACCGUGCUGAACGUGGACAUCCGCAACUUCACCAGUCUGACCGAAUCGCUGGACCAGUACGUCAAGGGCGACCUGCUGGAGGGCGCCAACGCCUACCACUGUGAUAAGUGCAACCGCAAGGUGGACACCGUCAAGAGGACGUGCAUCAAGAAGCUGCCGUCGACGCUGUGCAUCCAGCUGAAGCGAUUCGACUACGACUGGGAGCGGGAGUGUGCAAUCAAGUUCAACGACUACUUCGAGUUCCCGCGGCAGCUCGACAUGGAGCCCUACACGGUGCGCGGCCUGGCGCGGAUCGAGGGCGAGCUGAUCGACGGCGACCCGGAGGAGCUGACGCGCACCGUCUGCUCCAGCUACGAGCUCACCGGCAUCGUGGUCCACAGCGGCCAGGCCAGCGGCGGCCACUACUACAGCUACAUACUGCACAAGAGUCCCGACGGCAGCCGCCAGUGGUACAAGUUCGACGACUACGACGUCUCCGAGUGCCGCAUGGAGGACGAUGAGGAGAUGAAGACCCAGUGCUUCGGCGGCGAGUACGUCGGAGAGGUGUUUGACCAGAUGAUGAAGAGGAUGUCGUCGCGGCGCCAGAAGCGCUGGUGGAACGCUUACAUCCUGUUCUACACGCGGACGGACACGGAGUCGGAGCCGCGGCCGGACGGCCUGCCCGGCCAGAUGCAGCAGCUCUCGCUCACCGACAUAUCAUCGGUGAGCCACAUCAAGAUGCCGGCGCCCAUCCAGCGCAGCAUCCGGCGUCAGAACAUCCGCUUCCUGCACACCAAGAACCAGUUCUUCAGCGAGUUCGUCCAGUUCAUCCGCAAGCUGGUCGGCUGCAACAGCGUCGGCCCGCUGCCGCAGCACUGCAAGCUGAGUGCGGAGGCCGAGUCGAUGGCGCUGAUGUCGGUGCAGCUGGCUGCGCGCUUCCUCUUCACGGUGGGCCUGCACAUGAAGAAGGCGGUGCGCGGCCCCACCUCGGAGUGGUACGAGGCGCUGCUGCCACACCUCACCCACUCGGCCCGCGCCCGCACGUGGCUCGCCCAGCACGUACUCUUCGUGAACGGCAACAGCCGUUUCUGCGAGUACCUGCUGGAGUGUCCCAGCUCGGAGGUGCGUUCGACGUUCGCGAAGCUGCUGGUGCUGCUGGCGCGCUACUCGACGACCCAGCCGCCGCCAUCGCCGCUGGCGCCGUCGGAAACCAACGGCCUCUGCUCCACAGACGGCGGGCCGGAGGCGGCCGGCUCGCUCUCGGAGGCGGUCGUGCACGCCGUGCUCGGCCUGCUGAAGAAGGACGUGGCCGAGCACGGCCGUCACCUGCCGCAGUACUUCAGCUUCUUCCUCAUGUACGCCGCCGUCGGCGUGCGGGAGCGCACGCAUCUGCUCAAGCUGCAGAUUCCGGCCACACUGAUGCUGGUGGCGCUGGAGGAGGGCCCCGGGCCGCCCAUCAAGUUCCAGUACGCCGACCUCAGCAAGCUGUACCAGACGGUGUCGCUGCUGGUGCGCUGCUGCGACAUCAGCGCCAAGAUGACCUCGUCGCAGGCGGGUGCCGCGCCCCUGCCGAACCCUCACGGCGACCCGGACUGCCCGGAGCCAAUCAUGCCGAUCCAGCCGCAGGUGGACGAGGUCCUGUUCACGCGCGCCAGCUACCUGAAGAAGAUCAUCGAGGACGCUGGCAAUGUGGAGGAGACGGGACACCUUCUGCGCUACUGCAGCUGGGAGAACCCCACAUUCUCCAGCAUGGUGCUGACGGAGCUGCUCUGGCAGAUUUCCUACAGCUACAACUACGAGCUGCGCCCCUACCUGGACCUGCUGCUGCAGGUGCUGCUCAUUGAGGACAGCUGGCAGCCGCAGCGCAUCCUCAACGCGCUCAAGGGCACCCCGGACGAGCGAGACGGCCGGGAGGGCCUAUUUGACACGAUCCAGCGCUUCAAGAACCACUACCAGAAGCGCGCCUACCAGUGCAUCAAGUGCCUGGUGGAGCUGUUCUCGCGCUGCCCGGCCGGCCACCGCGUGCUGCAGACCAGCGUCGAGUUCCGACGCAAGUGGUACGAGGCGGUCGACUGGCUCAAGGAGGAGCUGGACCGGCGGCCUUUCCAGUCGACGCCGCAGUACAGCUAUACAUGGUCGCCGCCCACGCAGAGCAACGAGACGUCCAACGGCUACUUCCUGGAGCGCAGCCAGUCGGCGCUCAUGUGUCUGGAGAAGGCGGACGAGCUGUGCCCGGAGGAGCCGGAGCCGGAGGAGCCGGAGGACGAGUCUCAGCGGCAGGUGGGCGGCGAG